AAUGCCCUUAUAACAGUCUUUAGCUCUCAAACCGAAUUCAACGUUAAACAUCCUCUUUAUUCAACUUGGACAUUAUGGUUCGAUAAUGCUUCAAAGAAUGAUAAAGCUAAGAAUUGGGAUGAAUUGAUCCAGAGAGUGAUGGAAGUAGAAUCAGUUGAAGAGUUUUGGGGCCUCUAUCACAACAUCGUUCCUCCUUCAUUGAUUCAUAUCGGUUCAAAUUACUACCUUUUCAAAGAAGGUAUCAAACCUGCAUGGGAAGAUCCUUCAAACCACAAAGGUGGUAAAUGGAGUGUUCAGCUUCCGAGAGAUAAGAACCGUGAAACAAUUGACAAAUGGUGGCUUUACACUAUGUUGGCAGCAAUUGGAGAAACAUUUGAAACACCCUACACAUCCAAUGGAAAAUCACCAAGCGAAAUGACUUUUACUGAUGAAGUGACAGGAGUAAUUGUUUCAUCGCGAAAAGCUUUUUACCGAAUUUCUAUCUGGACACGUAGUUCAGAGACAAAAGCUUUGGCUGAGAACAUUGGACGACAUUUUAAAUAUGGUGUUCUUGGUAUGCCAGAAGGUAAAAAAAUUGCAAGUGACGGACAUCGACUUGCAUCAGAUUGUGAAUUUCAAAGUCAUGCUGAUUCUAUGAAACGGAAG